UAGUUUUUAUUUAAACAUUUAUUAGUUUCGUUAAUUAAACAGUUCCUUUAUACUCGUAUCUUAUAAUAUAAGCCUUCAAUAUCAGAAGCGCAAUGUUUGCAUUAAAAAAACAUUAGAUCACCUCUUACACAUUUGGAAUGAGACCAUAACAAGUUAUGCACUGAAUCUAUUGUUGGAACACUAUCGACGUAUGAAUCAGUGCACUAUAAACAAAUCGUACUCUCGUCAUCUGAAUCUACAGCAUUACCGUCAUUUUCAUCGACGGUGUCAUCAGCAAUCUUAUCAACUUAUCCGUUCCUUUUUCUUUACCCUUUCCUUUGCCCUUCCCUUUUCCUUUUUCUAUUCUGUCCUUAGUAUCUGUUUUUUUCUUCUUAUAUGUUCUCUUUUGUUUUUCAUAUCUAAAAGAUUUAGUUUUUCCGGGGUGUCGGUAUAUAUGAUGGGUGAUUUUUUUGCUAGUAUCUUUUUGGCAAUACUGUUUUUGACAGUGGCGCCGCUUUUGGAAAGGGUCUUAGCUCUUCAAAUAUUGCUGAUGAAGUUGAGGAAAGGUUUACAUUGUGUAAAGAUGGGGGCACAUUUGUUUCUGUAGAAUGAACGUGUUCUGGUAUUUUGUGGUUUUCUCUCAGUUCCGGUUCAAAUACAGAAUUGAAUGUUUCGUCAAAAAUAGAACGUGACUCACAUUGAGUCCUCAAAGAUCUUGUAGGAGAGGGUGUUGUGGUAGUAAUCUGGUCUGUAUUUACAGAUAAACAUUGCGGUGCCAGAAAGUGAGUUUCAGUUAUUGUAUGGUGAUCAGGAAUUGGAACCUCAUCGACGAUAGACAACCUUUUAGAUGCAUCGGAAGUCGAUGGAACAGACACUGUGCUCCUAUCACAUGCUGAAGGAUCAUCACCGUCACAUAAGAACCACUAAACUUGGAGUCAAGAAAAACGUUUUCAUUCAAUGGUGAAGUCCCGGAUACUCCGAAUCCUGAUUGUAUAUU